AUGGGCAGCAUAGCGGGACUCGAGAGGUUUGACAGUCCGGGUAAAGGACGAGGUCUCCGCGUCACCAGACCCUUUAAAGUAGGAGAGCUGCUGUUUUCCAGCCCGGCGUAUUCUUAUGUGCUGUCAGUGAAGGAGAGAGGCUGCUACUGUGAGUCCUGCUUCACCAGGAAAGAGAAUCUGGCAAGAUGUGGGAAGUGCAAGAAAGCUUUCUACUGCAACUCAAAAUGCCAGAAAGGAGAUUGGGCCAUGCACAAGCUGGAGUGCUCUGCCAUGAUUGCAUUCCAAGAGAACUGGUGCCCGUCAGAGAUAUCUCGCCUGGUGGCCCGGAUCCUCGCAAAGAAGAAAACUCAGAAAGAACGAUGUGUUUCUGAAAGGAUCUUGUUAAUGGAGGAGGUACAAUCACACGUGGAGGACGUAGAUAAUGAGAAAAGAGAGAUGAACGAGUCAGAUGUUGCAGGACUGCAUCGUUUUUUCUCCAAAAAUGUGGAGUUUCCUGACCAUAAAGACCUUCUCACACUCUUCUCCCAGGUUGCCUGUAAUGGUUUCACUAUAGAGGAUGAUGAACUGUCCCACAUGGGUACUGCAAUCUACCCAGAUGUGGCACUGAUAAACCACAGCUGUCUUCCCAGCGUCAUAGUCACAUAUAACGGGACGGCGGCGGAGGUCCGGGCGGUGCGCAACAUGAAGCCUGGAGAUGAAGUGCUCAUCAGCUACAUAGACCUCCUCUAUCCAUCAGACGACCGCAACAACAGGCUGAGAGAGUCCUAUUAUUUCACCUGUGACUGCCAGGACUGUAAAACCAAGUCCAAGGACAAGGAAAAGUUGAAAGUACGUAAGCGGAGGGACCCCAUAGAGCCAGAGGUCAUCAGCAACAUGGUGCGGUACGCCAGGAAGAUUAUCAGAGAGUUCCGGGCUGUCAAACACAUAAAGACCCCUAGUGAGUUGCUGGAGAUGUGUGAACAGAGCCUGGAGGAGAUGGGAGCCGUCUUUGAUGACGCUAAUGUCUACAUGCUCCACAUCAUGUACCAGGCCAUGGGGGUUUAUCUCUUCAUGGAGGACCCAGAAGGAGCAGUCAGAUACGGCGAGAAGAUCCUUAAACCUUACAGCAAGUUGUAUCCACCCUACUCUUUGAAUGUGUCCUCCAUGUAUCUGAAGUUGGGCCGACUGUACAUGGGCCUAGAGAGGCACUCAGCGGGCGUCGGCGCUCUCAAGAAGGCAAUGGCCAUAAUGGAGGUGGCUCAUGGGAAGGAUCACUUCUACUUGACAGAGUUGCGCAAAGAGAUGGCACGAAAAUGA